AUGGAAAAUUGGCAAGAAAAGAAAACGCUCAUAACCCGUAACUUACAAGAAGUGUUGGGUGAUGAAAGACUGACAGAAAUUUUGAAACAACGGGAUUUAAAAAUAUAUUGGGGCACGGCGACAACUGGGAGACCUCAUGUGGCAUAUUUCGUGCCAAUGUCUAAGAUUGCUGAUUUUCUUAACGCGGGAUGCGAGGUAACAAUUUUAUUUGCUGACUUACAUGCCUAUUUGGAUAACAUGAAAGCUCCUUGGGAGUUAUUAUCCUUGCGAACACAAUACUAUGAAGCCGCGAUCAAAGCUAUGUUAACUUCCAUUAAUGUUCCCCUAGAAAAACUAAAAUUUGUCAGAGGUACAGAAUAUCAGCUAAGCAAAGAAUACACUUUGGAUGUCUACCGCAUGUCAUCUGUUAUAACAGAUCAUGACGCAAGGAAAGCCGGGGCAGAGGUUGUAAAACAAGUCGAGCAUCCAUUACUCAGUGGUCUCUUGUAUCCUGGUUUGCAAGCGUUGGAUGAAGAGUAUUUAAAGGUUGAUGCACAAUUUGGUGGUGUUGACCAGAGAAAAAUAUUCACUAUGUCUGAGAAGUAUCUACCUCAGUUGGGCUAUGCCAAAAGGGUGCAUCUCAUGAAUCCAAUGGUUCCAGGUCUGACAGGUGGUAAAAUGUCUGCUUCAGAAGAGGACAGUAAGAUAGACUUAUUAGACAAUCCAGCUAAUGUUAAAAAAAAGCUUAAGAAAGCCUUUUGUGAACCUGGCAAUAUUACUGAAAAUGGUGUUCUCUCAUUUACUAAACAUGUUGUGUUUCCAUUAAUGAAACCUGGCGAAACAUUCAAGAUUUGUAGAGCUGAGGAGCAUGGAGGUAAUGCUGAGUAUGACAAUUUUGAAGCUUUAGAAGCAGCUUUUGCAAAACAAGAUAUCCAUCCGGGUGACUUAAAGGCAUCGGUAGAACAAGCUAUAAACAAGUUGCUUGCACCUGUUCAAGAAAUAUUUAAGGAUCCUAAACUUCAAGAACUCACUAAGAAAGCCUAUCCACCUCCAGUCAAAGUAAAGGGUAAUGCUAAUUCAAAUGCCGAUGAAAUAAGCCCUGUUAAAUUAGAUAUAAGAGUUGGUCGCAUAGUUGAUGUAUCAAGACAUCCCGAUGCUGAUGCUCUUUAUGUUGAGAAGAUUGAUCUCGGUGAAGAUGAGCCUAGAACGGUUGUAUCCGGCCUUGUCAACUUUGUACCUAUAGAAGAAAUGCAGAACAGAGAUGUAGUUGUUCUGUGCAAUUUAAAACCAGCGAAGAUGCGAGGUGUAGAAUCUAAGGGUAUGGUUCUUUGUGCAUCUAUUGAUGAUCCAAAACAAGUUGAACCUCUUGUAGUACCUAAAGAUAGCAAACCUGGUGAUAGAAUUGUUAUCGAAGGCUAUGAAACCGGCGAGCCCGAUGAUGUAUUGAAUCCUAAGAAAAAAGUUUGGGAGAAACUACAGGUUGAUCUAACGACUAAUGAUGAUUUGUUUGCUGUGUGGCAAGGUAAUAAACUUAUUAGUAAAGUCAACGGCAACCCAGUUACAACAGGAUCCAUGAAGAAUGCUCCCAUCAAGUAA